GCCACAGUGCUUGCAUUGGCUCGGAGCUGGAGGACACUUGGACGUCCGCCACUCACCGGGCUGCUGCGCGCGCCAUGGGCACGGCGAGCUGCGACCUGCAGCAGCACACGCCGCUCCUGCCGCCUCCCGACGGUGGCGGCGGGUCGGAAGCUGCCGCCGCGCGCGCGGCUCCGUCGUGCGGGGGCGGCGGGCACGGGGUGAACGCGGAGCUGGAGCGCAUCCUGGCGGACGAGUCGGCUCGCCCGGCGCGGCGGCUGUGGCGCGCGGCGCGGGCGGAGCUCCGGCUCCUCGUGGCGCUGGCCGCGCCCGCCUGCGCCGUGUACAUGAUCAACUACCUCAUGUCCAUGUCCACGCGCAUCUUCUGCGGCCAGCUCGGCAUGCUCGAGCUCGCCGCCGCCUCCCUCGGCAACGUCAGCAUCCAGGUCUUCGCCUACGGCCUCAUGCUGGGCAUGGGCAGCGCCGUGGAGACGCUGUGCGGGCAGGCGUACGGCGCGCACCGGUACGAGAUGCUGGGCGUCUACAUGCAGCGCUCCUUCGUGCUGCUCGCCGCCGUCUACAUCUUCUCGGACCGGAUUGUAACACCCUCAAUCAAUUAG